AUUGGAACAAAAAGCUGAACGACUGAAGUAAGUUAUCUCAGAAGAUGCCUGGUGGAAAUCAGCAGAUACAAGUAUUAUUAGUGAUAAGAGACACUAAAGUUUGAGUCACAAAUGUGUGAGUUUUAACACACAUUUUGGAGACUUUUCUUCUUACAUUCAGCUAAUUUUUUAAAAUAUUCUUUAUAGAAUAUAAAUAUAAACAAUUUGACUAAUACGUUUCAUGUACAAAACAUAUUGCACUACUGAAGUCUCAUAUUGCAUUUUGAACUUAUUUGGUCAACCUUGUCUUUCAACGCAAGUUGGUCAGGUCAAGGUAAAUGGCCUGAAUUGAACUCAGUCUGCAGGUUAAAUCAUUGGCUAUGAGGAAUUGAAGAAAUGCUGAAAAGCUAUUUGAAAGAGAAAUAAAAAGGUCAAAAUAUUACGAGAAAAUGUAAAAUGACAAAUACAUGCAAAUAAGAACUCUACAAAACUUGCUAAAAUUGUUUGUUGGUGUUUUAUGGUCAUUCCAUAAAUAGUUGCACGUUUUUAAUUGUAGUUUAUUCGUUUAUUUCCUGGCUUACUUUAAUCAACACGUUUACAUAAGUUAUUUCUGCAUAUAUUAUGCAAUUUAUGUGUUACAGUUUGUCAGUUGUCGUCACAGUAUUGCUUUGGAAAUGGAGAAAAAAGUUCGUUCUUAAUCUGUAGCUUUGCUCUGUCCACCAGUAGAUGGCGCACCAUUUACUUUAACGGCGGAGGAUUAAUGAUUAAUACGUGAUUAAAUAUUUUCUUCGUUGCCAAAAUAGUAAACUUUCGUGUCUUUUGUUGAAAACAAACAAACAAACAAAUAAUAAAAACCCAGAAGAUUCGUUUCAUUAUUUUUUAAUGUAUGUUUGCACGUAUAAUUCAGCCUCCAGCCCUGACUGAGCUCAGGAAAACAGCCCCUGUCUGCUUCUCUCCACAUCACUGUGGAGAAUCAACGGAGAGGGAGAGCAGCUGGACUCCGACAUGGCUAAAGAAGGAGUAGAUAUGACAGAAGAAACCGAGUAUAUGAUAGACAGACAUGCAGGUAAAGAGGCGGUGAACGUGGAAUCUCCUUCCAACGCCAAAGAAAUGCGAGCGGUGGUCCUGGCAGGUUUCGGAGGUCUGAACAAACUCCGGGUUACCAAGAAGGCAAUGCCCGAGCCCCAGGAUGGUGAAGUGAAGAUCCGCGUCAAAGCAUGUGGCUUGAAUUUCCUGGAUUUGAUGGUACGUCAGGGGAAUAUUGAUAAUCCUCCAAAAACUCCCCUUGUUCCUGGAUUUGAGUGCUGUGGAAUAGUGGAGUCUGUGGCUGAAAACACACAGGGAUUUGAGAUAGGUGACAGAGUUAUGGCGUUUAUGAACUACAAUGCCUGGGCCGAGGUGGUUUGCACACCAGUGGAUUUUGUUUACAAGAUGCCAGACGAUAUGACGUUUACCGAGGCAGCAGCGUUCUCCCUGAACUUUGUGGCUGCGUAUAUGAUGCUCUUUGAAGUUGCCAGUCUGCAGGAAGGAAUGUCGGUGCUGGUCCACUCAGCUGGGGGUGCAGUGGGACAAGCAGUGGCUCAAUUGUGCUCCACUGUACCUAAUGUAACCGUGUUUGGGAUCGCCUCCUGCUUCAAGCACACAUCCAUCAAAGACUCUGUGACACACCUUUUUGACAGAAACGCCGACUACAUACAAGAAGUGAAAAAGAUCUCUCCAGAUGGAGUUGACAUUGUGCUGGACUGCCUGUGUGGAGAAAACACAGGGAAAAGCCUCAGUCUCCUGAAGCCACUGGGAACCUACAUCCUAUAUGGUGCGUCAAAUAUGGUAACUGGUGAAACAAAGAGCUUCUUCAGCUUUGCAAAAUCUUGGUGGCAGGUGGAAAAGGUGAAUCCAAUUAAACUUUAUGAGGAGAACAAAGUCAUAGCGGGAUUCUCUCUCCUCAACCUUCUCUUCAAACAAGGAGGAUGUAAUCUCGUAAAAUCAGCAAUGGACAAACUCUUGAGUCUAUAUGAACAGAAGAAGAUCAGGCCUGUCGUGGACUCGCUGUGGGCGCUGGAGGAGGUGAAAGAGGCUAUGCAGAGAAUUCAUGACAGAGGCAACAUUGGAAAACUUAUUCUGGACGUUGAGAAGUCUCCGACCCCUUUGAUGGCCAACGACAGCACAGAGACCAGUGAAGCAGGAGAGGAAGAGGAGGAGCCCGAAGGAGAUAAUGACAGCAAGGAGCGUAUGCCUUUCAUUCAUUAGAGUCGAUGAGAGCCGGUACUGCUCACCUACAGACUGCAUAGAUUCACCACAGAGGAACUCAACCAGUGUGUAUAUAUGUCUGCAUGUUCUGUGUGCAUGUAUGCAUAAAUGUGUGGACGUCUUUGUGCUUUUCUCUCUGUUAUCUAUUACUUGUUAGUAGAUUUGGAAAAGAAGAAAUAUGACCUGUUUGUCUUUGGAGCAAUUCUACUACAGUAACUUACUCUAUAUUGAUGUAAUGUCAGUAUUUCUGUGUGUUUUAUAAAUUAUAAAUUAUCUGCCUACAGUACGCUAAAUUAGCAAGUUUGGGAAAGCAUACAAACUUGCUGAAGCAGUCAUAUUGAUGCUUAGCACAGCAUUUUUGUUAACAAUAAAACAAUUUGAAGUUGA